AUGACCAAAAAUGUGCUAAAACUUGAGGUACAUGAGCUAAACCGUUUUGACUCAUUGGACAGUGCUAUUGAUACAUACACUCCUCCUGAAGUGACACCUAAAGUGGAACAUUAUCUCAAAACAUUUGAUUUUAAUCACAAAAAGCGACCAACACUUCAACAAUUGCAUCAAAAUUCUGUAAAUUCCAAUAUUAUACCAACAUUUAUGAACUUAUUGGGCGGUACUCUUUACUUACGGAUGGGCAUAAUGGCCGGACAGGCGGGCAUAAUGCUAUCACUUUCAGCCCUAUGUACUAAUGGAGAUAUAGGUUGCGGUGGUUUCUAUUAUCUGAUUUCCCGAAAUUUGGGACCAGAAAUCGGGGCCGUAUUUGGACUCAUCUAUUUCAUAACAAAUGCAGUAUUGGUUUCACAAAAUAUAAGCGGUAUUUGCAGUGAAAUACAAUAUAUACUACAGGUAUUUAAUACUGGAAUAGUUGAAUAUCCUUCGGGUAUAAAUGAUCAGAGAAUUGUAGGAUUAAUAUGUUUAGUAAUUAUUGCUGUCAUACCGUUUAUUAGUCUGGACCUCGAAGCAAAAACACAAUGGAUUUUAUUUUUUAUAACAAUGCUAUCAUUACUGGACUUCUUUGUGGGCACAUUCCUACCGACCACUCCUUAUCAAAAAGUUAACGGUUUUAUUGGAUUUAAUGCCAAAAUAAGUUUUACUAAUCUAUUGCCGCAAUGGAAUGGUUACCACUUUUUAAGUAUAUUUGGUAUAUAUAUGUCUGCACUUUGCGGUGAUUUCACAGGAGUCACAAUGUCGUCGAGUCUUAAAAAUCCCAAGGUAGCCAUACCUAAGGGUUCAUUAUUAGCAGUGUUUACCUCACAGAUUAUAUAUACUAUACAAAUUAUAUUGUUUGCAUGCGCUGGCAAUCGGUACGCUACUGGAAACUUAACUGACUAUCAAUACGGUAACUACACGUGCGAUAUACAAGAGAACUGUGAAAGUGGUAUCAGUAAUAACGAGUUUAUGAUGUCUAUAAUGUCUGCACUAACUUUGAUUGGCGAUAGAAUGCAUUACAUUGAACCCAUAUAUGCAUCCGGACUGUUGGCUCAGGCACUGUCAUCAUCCCUAAGCUCUUUUAUAACAGCACCCAGAAUAUUACAGUCAUUAGGUUUUGAUAAUCUAUUACCCGGUAUUAGUUGGUUCUCCAAGCCUUACGGCCCACACGCCGAUCCCCGUCGAGGAUAUGUACAAUCGCCACUAUCUGUUACCUACUGUCGUGGGCUCUCAUUAAUUUCUGUUGUUUUCAUUGUGAUUACGUGCGGACAGUCAGUUGGCGGCCGUCCUUCAAAUACUAUAACAAAUGGUUCAGUUUGUUUAACUGUUUCUUCUGUUUUGUCUUUAUGUUUGCCAUUUCCUGGUACAUCACACUUGCAUUUCUAG